UUGUUGUUGAGUAUAUAUCUGUUCCAUGACAAAGAAGACUCCCGGAGGAUCUGUGUGGAGGGCGUACCCGGCAACGUCACUCAUCUACAUUGCCUCCCUACCAAGAGGAUACAUGUCCUAUGCAAGUCGUAUGGGGAAAGAGGAUCAGUUGAGAACUGUCCCCUGGGAAAUAGUGAUAGAGAAUCAUGUAAACGUGUCUAUGACAGAUCAAGCACAGGUUUGACGGUCAACUGUAAUGGCAGAGAGUCCUGUAAUGAGACCGUCCCAACAGUCAGCAACAGCUGCAGCGUUACAGAUGGUGCUGCAGGGGUUCAAUAUCAGUGCAUUGAAGGUAGUCUGGACAUGUGUUCCCAGGACAGGGGUACAGUCACGGUCAACGGAACCUUGUAACUUCAUUCCCCCGGCUUUCCAGACAGUGACGGUGUCAUCGGCAGCUGCAAAAUGAACGUCACAGGUGUGAACAUGACAGUCACUGUGAUUGAACAGCGAAAACCUCAGGGGAUCCUAACAAUCUCAGCUGGAGGUACAGAACAGAUUCCUAACGGGGCAUAUGAAAGUUACAACCAGCCAGUCGUUUCUGAAGCUACAACAGUAGACGUACACUAUGACAACAAGGGCCAUGAUGGAGUAAAUGCCUGGAUAAUGGUUAAUGCUUCGCGUUUUGAAACGCUCACAUUCAGAAGACAACGAGCGUCAACAAGUUCAACUCAUGCAACUCAAGUAGCUCAGGAGGCAGCCACGCCAACUUCAUCAACGGCUCCAGGUCCGACCUCUGAUCGCAGGGAAAUUCAAACAUUCGUAGAAGACAACACAACCCACAUGUCAGCUGAAACAUCUGAAACACAUGAGACACAGCCGACUAGGCCUCCUCCAGCAUCAGGUCCGACCGCUGAAGGCAAAGAAAAGAAAACAUCCGCGAAAGACCACACAAAUCCCACUGCUGGAUCAACGCAUCCAUCUGGAACUCAUGGGACAAAGCCAACCAGGCCUCCACAAUCUUCAGAUGGCCCCUUAACAACCAUAGCAGUAGCAGGUUCAGCAACGUGCCUGGUCAUCGUGAUUCUUGUCGCAGUUGUAUGGUGCAGGUGGCGGAAGACACAAGGUUCGUCUCGAAAUGACAACGAUGACAUCAGCUAUCAUAACUUUCAUACUGGCCGUACGGGAGUCGUUGAGGUCAACCUCGACGCUUUUCACUUCAGUUCUACAUCUUUCAACAACCAACAAGCAAGAACUGACUCUAACCCUAGCAUUACGCCAACACACAAAACACCCACAGAUAGAUCAACAUCCACGUAUGUACUCGCAAAAGCCUGGCCAGGAAGCUGUACAAAGGGGAGUGGUCAAGAUACUGAUCAAGGAGACGGAGGUGAUGUGGAGCUCACUGGCUGUAUAACAUUCCACACCACUAACCCUCCAGCCACAUAGCGGGGGUCGGUACAGGUACUGACUAUAACAUUCCACACCACUAACCCUCCAGCCACUUAGCGGGGGUCGGUACACGUACUGACAGUAUAACAUUCCACACCACUAACCCUCCAGCCACAUAGCGGGGGUCGGUACACGUACUGACUGUAUAACAUUCCACACCACUAACCCUCCAGCCACUUAGCGGGGGUCGGUACACGUACUGACUGUAUAACAUUCCACACCACUAACCCUACAGCCACAUAGCGGGGGUCGGUACACGUACUGACUGUAUAACAUUCCACACCACUAACCCUCCAGCCACAUAGCGGGGGUCGGUACACGUACUGACUGUAUAACAUUCCACACCACCAACCCUCCAGCCACAUAGUGGGGGUCGGUACACGUACUGACAGUAAAACGAGGACAGAUACAUAUUUAAAACUUGUGAAAAAAGUUUGUGGAUAACUUCCUUGGUCAAAAUUGUGAAUGAGUGUUGGGUUUAACGCCGCUUUUAACAGUAUUACACGUCAGUUAUAUCGGGGCGUUCCAGCUUAAUGUGGGAGGAAGGCAGGUCUCAGACGUUUACCACUUUGGUGUAACAUGGAUAUGGUGCAGACAAAUCAUGACUGGCAAUAGAUGUGUGUCUUCACUGUGUACCUCCGUUCUCUCUCGUAACACUAUGCUUGAUGAUCAUGACUGGCAAUAGAUGUUUGUCUUCACUGUGUACCUCCGUUCUCUCACGUAACACUGUGCUUCAUGAUCAUGACUGGCAAUAGAUGUGUGUCUUCACUGUGUACCUCCGUUCUCUCUCGUAACACUAUGCUUGAUGAUCAUGACUGGCAAUAGAUGUGUGUCUUCACUGUGUCCCUCCGUUCUCUCAGAUGACACUGUGCUUCAUGAUCAUGACUGGCAAUAGAUGUUUGUCUUCACUGUGUACCUCCGUUCUCUCACGUGACACUGUGCUUCAUGAUCAUGACUGGCAAUGGAUGUUUGUCUUCACUGUGUACCUCCGUUCUCUCAGGUGACACUGUGCUUCAUGAUCAUGACUGGCAAUAGAUGUUUGUCUUCACUGUGUACCUCCGUUCUCUCAGGUGACACUGUGUUUCAUGAUCAUGACUGGCAAUAGAUGUGUGUCUUCACUGUGUACCUCCGUUCUCUGACGUGACACUGUGCUUGAUUAUCAUGGCUGGCAACAGAUGUUUGUCUUCACUGUGUACCUCCGUUCUCUCUCGUAACACUAUGCUUGAUGAUCAUGACUGGCAAUAGAUGUUUGUCUUCACUGUGUACCUCCGUUCUCUCACGUAACACUGUGCUUCAUGAUCAUGACUGGCAAUAGAUGUUUGUCUUCACUGUGUACCUCCGUUCUCUCUCGUAACACUAUGCUUCAUGAUCAUGACUGGCAAUAGAUGUUUGUCUUCACUGUGUACCUCCGUUCUCUCACGUAACACUGUGCUUGAUGAUCAUGACUGGCAAUAGAUGUUUGUCUUCACUGUGUACCUCCGUUCUCUCACGUGACACUGUGCUUGAUGAUCAUGACUGGCAAUAGAUGUUUGUCUUCACUGUGUACCUCCAUUCUCUCACGUAACACUAUGCUUGAUGAUCAUGACUGGCAAUAGAUGUGUGUCUUCAGUGUGUACCUCCGUUCUCUCACGUGACACUGUGCUUGAUUAUCAUGACUGGCAAUAGAUGUUUGUCUUCACUGUGUACCUCCGUUCUCUCACGUGACACUGUGCUUGAUGAUCAUGACUGGCAAUAGAUGUGUGUCUUCACUGUGUACCUCCGUUCUCUCACGUAACACUAUGCUUCAUGAUCAUGACUGGCAAUAGAUGUUUGUCUUCACUGUGUACCUCCGUUCUCUCACGUAACACUAUGCUUGAUGAUCAUGACUGGCAAUAGAUGUGUGUCUUCACUGUGUACCUCCGUUCUCUCACGUGACACUGUGCUUCAUGAUCAUCACUGGCAAUAGAUGUUUGUCUUCACUGUGUACCUCCGUUCUCUCAGGUGACACUGUGCUUCAUGAUCAUGACUGGCAAUAGAUGUUUGUCUUCAGUGUGUACCUCCGUUCUCUCAGGUGACACUGUGCUUCAUGAUCAUGACUGGCAAUAGAUGUGUGUCUUCACUGUGUACCUCCGUUCUCUGACGUGACACUGUGCUUGAUUAUCAUGACUGGCAAUAGAUGUUUGUCUUCACUGUGUACCUCCGUUCUCUCUCGUAACACUAUGCUUGAUGAUCAUGACUGGCAAUAGAUGUUUGUCUUCACUGUGUACCUCCGUUCUCUCAGGUGACACUGUGCUUGAUGAUCAUGACUGGAAAUAGAUGUGUGUCUUCACUGUGUACCUCCGUUCUCUCACGUAACACUGUGCUUCAUGAUCAUGACUGGCAAUAGAUGUUUGUCUUCACUGUGUACCUCCGUUCUCUCUCGUAACACUAUGCUUGAUGAUCAUGACUGGCAAUAGAUGUUUGUCUUCACUGUGUACCUCUGUUCUCUCACGUGACACUGUGCUUCAUGAUCAUGACUGGCAAUAGAUGUUUGUCUUCACUGUGUACCUCCGUUCUCUCACGUGACACUGUGCUUGAUGAUCAUGACUGGCAAUAGAUGUUUGUCUUCACUGUGUACCUCCGUUCUCUCACGUGACACUGUGCUUGAUGAUCAUGACUGGCAAUAGAUGUUUGUCUUCACUGUGUUCCUCCGUUCUCUCACGUGACACUGUGCUUGAUUGUCAUGACUGGCAAUAGAUGUGUGUCUUCACUGUGUACCUCCGUUCUCUGACGUGACACUAUGCUUCAUGAUCAUGACUGGCAAUAGAUGUUUGUCUUCACUGUGUACCUCCGUUCUCUCACGUGACACUGUGCUUCAUGAUCAUGACUGGCAAUAGAUGUUUGUCUUCACUGUGUACCUCCGUUCUCUCAGGUGACACUGUGCUUCAUGAUCAUGACUGGCAAUAGAUGUUUGUCUUCACUGUGUACCUCCGUUCUCUCACGUGACACUGUGCUUCAUGAUCAUCACUGGCAAUAGAUGUUUGUCUUCACUGUGUACCUCCGUUCUCUCAGAUGACACUGUGCUUCAUGAUCAUCACUGGCAA